AUGUCGUGUCGUAAUGCAUCGCAUGCCGGUAGCUGGUAUACAGAAAAUGGUUCUGAACUGUCCCGUCAGCUGGAUUUAUGGCUGUCCAAAGCUGACCUGACCCAUGGACCCGCGCGCGCCAUAAUAGCUCCACACGCCGGCUACUCGUAUUGCGGCGCCUGCGCAGCAUUCGCAUACAGACAAGUUAGCCCUGUAGUUGUAAAGCGUAUCUUCAUCCUCGGCCCCUCCCACCACGUCCGGUUGGGGGGCUGCGCCCUCUCCUCUCUGGACAAAUACGCGACGCCGCUGUACGAUCUGAUAAUAGACAAACAGAUAUACGCGGAGUUAGAAGCGACUCGCCAAUUCGAGAGGAUGGACAUACAGACUGACGAAGAUGAGCAUUCGAUUGAAAUGCACCUACCAUACAUUGCUAAGGUCAUGGAGGAGUACAAAACUGGUUUCACCAUAAUACCGAUUCUAGUUGGUACCCUAACGCCGGAGAAGGAAGCGAAAUACGGGGCAAUCCUGGCCCCCUACCUAGCCGAUCCGCAGAACCUAGUGGUGAUAUCGUCCGACUUCUGCCACUGGGGCACUCGCUUCCGGUACACGUGGCGCGACAGCUCGCGGGGUCAGAUACACCAGAGCAUCGAGUGGUUGGACAAACAGGGUAUGGAUAUAGUAGAAAAAAUGGACCCUCGCGCGUUCACGGCAUAUUUAAAUAAAUAUGGUAACACCAUAUGCGGCAGACAUCCCAUAGGAGUGUUGUUACAGGCAAUCGCGAAGCUGCAAGGCCAAACCAACUGCCCGCGGAUGUCGAUGAGAUUCCUUAAGUACGCCCAGUCCUCGCAGUGUAUGAACAUGCAGGAUUCGUCCGUGUCGUACGCCAGCGCGUCGCUGGUUGUCGAAUAGACGGUUGUUCGCUGGCUUGAACUAUAUAUUGUCGAUCGGGGGUAAUUGGAAACGGGGGGUACUUGUAAACCGGGGGUAAUUGUAA